AGUCUCUCAAAAGGCAAUCCCAUGUGUUCCAAUGGUUUCUUAUACACAACCCUUCACAUCUACUCCCCUCGCUUGCCCUUUCAGUCGACACUCUUCUUGAUCUCCUCUCUUAACACCCCAUUACAAGAUCCUAAUCAUGUGAAUUGUAGCCAUCUAAUGGAAUCCUUCAAAAUAAGCAUUUCCUUUAUCCUUUCCUGGAUUCCUUUACCUUGUACAUCUUUGCAAAGCCUUGAAUCCAUGUUGAAACAACAAUAUUGAAGUACAUGAGCUUUCGUGAGCGCAGAGCCAAAAAAGUUACGGAAGUUUAUAGUGUGGAAACAAAAAAAAAAUACAGGUGCUGCCAUGGAGGAUAGGCAUAUUUUGUUUGGGAAAUAUGAGAUGGGGCGACUGCUUGGGAAAGGUACUUUUUUCGCAAAGGUCUACCAUGGGAAGGAAUUAACAUCUGGUGAAAGCGUGGCGAUAAAAGUCAUCAGCAAAGAUCAGGUGAAGAGAGAAGGCAUGAUGGAGCAGAUCAAGAGAGAAAUCUCUGUCAUGCGUCUUGUUCGUCAUCCAAAUAUAGUGGAGCUCAAAGAAGUCAUGGCUACAAAAACAAAGAUCUUCUUUGUUAUGGAGUAUGUCCGUGGCGGUGAAGUAUUUGCUAAAGUAGCUAGAGGCAAGCUCAAAGAAGAUGUUGCUCGUAAGUACUUUCAACAACUGAUAAGCGCAGUUGAUUUUUGCCAUAGUAGAGGUGUCUCACACCGAGAUUUGAAGCCACAGAACCUUCUUUUGGAUGAGAACGAAGAUCUAAAGAUCUCUGAUUUUGGCUUGUCAGCUUUGCCUGAGCAGCUUCGCAAUGAUAGGCUCCUCCACACGCGGUGUGGGACUCCAGCUUACGUUGCCUCGGAGGUUUUGAGAAAAAAAGGCUACGAUGGAUCCAAAGCAGAUAUUUGGUCUUGUGGGGUUAUCUUAUAUGUUCCUCUUGCAGGUUUCUUGCCAUUUCAAGAUGAGAAUAUUAUGAAGAUGUACAGGAAAGUUUUCAAAGCUGAUUUUGAGUUUCCACCCUGGUUUUCAACAGAUUCAAAGUGCUUGAUCUCAAAACUACUAGUGGCAGACCCAGAAAGAAGGAUCACAAUUCUAUCUAUAAUGAGUGUUCCUUGGUUUAUAAAAGGGUUUACACGUCCCCUUGCGUUUUCAAUCGAAGAACCAAUAUCAGAUAAUAUAGAGGAUGGUGAUGAUUCUGCAUCCAAGACUAACAAACUAUCGGCUCCGAAAUUCUUUAAUGCGUUUGAGUUCAUCUCCUCCAUGUCAUCGGGGUUUGAUUUGUCAAGUUUGUUUGAGAACAAGAGGAAAUCGGGGACAAUAUUCACGUCAAGAUGUUCAGCAAGUGCUAUAAUGGCUAAAAUUGAAGGUGUUGCAAAGGGGUUGAACUUUAGGGUGGGGAAAGUGAAGGACUUCAAGAUGAGAUUACAAGGAUCAUCCGAGGGGAGGAAAGGGCGGCUAUCGGUGACGGCGGAGGUGUUUGAGGUGGCACCAGAGGUUGCAGUUGUAGAGUUUUCCAAGUCUGCCGGGGAUACCUUGGAGUACGCUAAGUUUUGCGAGGAAGAUGUUAGGCCUGCAUUGAAAGACAUUGUUUGGACUUGGCAGGGUGACAGUUUCAACAGUUGUAGCAAAGUUAAAAUUGAGGGAGAAGGAUGUGAAAAGCAAGCGCCACAGACAGCCAAACCCCUACGUGGAAAUUAGGGAAUUUUCCUUGCUAUCUUUAUAUAUAUAUAUAUAUAUGUUUUUUUUUUUUUUUUUAAUUUUGGAAAGAUUGGUUUGA